AUGAAUCACAGCGAUUCACUAUCCCUGUGGAUGCACGAAUGGGAAAUCGCCUCAAAUCUCCUCUACUACGCCGUCAUUACCGUAUCCCUGGCUACCGUACCCAUUCUUACCGUACUCCUAGUUCUCAUGCGUCCCCACAAAUCCUCUCAAUACUUCCCAUUCAUGUGUUCGAUCAUUUCGGGAAACCUGAUUCUACUAUCCACAAUUGUUUUUAUGGUUGUCAAGGAUACGUGGAGUUUCGGUAAGUUCCACGUGGCCUACAGUACCUACAGUAAUCUGAGUAAGGGUACUGUAAUUCUUCCAGGCUUCAUCCCGGGUUUUGUCAUGUGUAAAUUGACGGUUUUCAUUGUCAACACGUGUUCUUGCUUCAUUCAUUGGACUUGGGUAGCCAUGUACUCGCAGGUAGGUCAAAAACCCAGCAAAAAUGCCGCGAAAAUGCUGCAGUUUUGCAGCGAUUUUUGCACAUUUUCUUCCCGUUGCGAAGCAGACGGCGGCUGCCAAGGAACCCCAGGAAUUCGCUGACGGUUAUUCUGAUCUCGUCGAUGUUUUUGCAAAGUUGGGCGUUUGUUACAAUGACUGAGGUCAGGGAGGAGAAGAGCGAGUUGGAGGGAUCGUAUUGUGGCGAUAAUCCGAGCAGGUGAGUGGGAUGUCUGCGUCUCUGGCUUCCUCUGCGUCUCUAGCUGUCUAGCUUCUCUUACAAUUAGUCGCUGUUACCUCUAGCUGUCUGUGCUCUCUAGAUCUCCUACACUCUCUAGCUCUCUAGCUUCUCUGCACUCUCUCCCAUCCCUAUGCUAUCUAUCUUCUCUAGCUGUCUAGCUUCUCUGCGUCUCUAGCUCUCCUACACUCUCUAGCUUCUCUGCGUCUCUAACAUUUGUUUUUUUUUCGAAAAUCGGAAUUUCUAUACAUUUUCAAAUUGAAAAUCAUGAAAUUCAGCCCUGAAUUUGAAAAUUUUCAUUUUUUUUUCAAAUUUUUCUCGAAAUUCUGAAAUUCCUGUGAUUUUUGGUGCCAAAAUCGAAAAUUUUUGAAUUUUCAAAUUUUUUUUAUCACAAUAUGCCACGUGGUUCGUUUUCUCUAGAACUAUCCUGGAAAUUCUCUGCGUCUCUAGCUCUCUAGCUUCUCUGCGCUCUCUCCCAUCCCUAUGCUAUCUAGCUUCUCUAGUUGUCUGGCUUCUCCGCGUCUCUAUUAUUUCUAGCUGUCUAGCUGCUUGGUUUCUCUGCCUCUCUAGAUCUCCUGCACUCUCUAGCUUCUCUGCGCUCUCUUCCUUUUCUAUGCUAUCUAGCUACUGUAGCUGUCUAGCUUCUCUGCUCUCUCUCCCAUCCAUAUGCUAUCUAGCUGUUCAGCUUCUCUAUGCUGUCAAGCCACUCUAGCUGUCUAGCUCUAGCUCUCUAGCUUCUCUGCACUCUCUCCCUACCCUAUGCUGUCUAGCAACUCUAGCUCUCUAGCUUCUCUGCGUCUCUACCCCCUCACUUCCCCAAUUUUCUAGCUUCUCCCAAUUCCUACUGCUUCUCGAAACCACCAUAACCUUCUUCAUCCCAUUCGCGCUCACAGUUUUGGCCGAUAUUUCGGUGCUCAUCAAUCGUACACCCUGGCAAACACCCUUCAAAUUGAUAUCACCCGAUAAUUUGCGGCUCAAUAACCACAGUGAUCACAUGAAAAUUGUGUCGAAACUGAAUUUGGAGAGCGCUGAAAAACGUCGAGUGACUGCAAUUAAACGAUGUUUGAUCUCGGCCACAAUUACUCUAUGCUUGAAUUUACCCAAUUAUAUGUUACAGGUGGGUUUUCAGCAGUUUCAGCACAAAAUUUCAGCCUAAAUCACUAGAAAUCAAGAUUUUCAGGUCAUCGAUGAGUUUAUCCCAUUUCAAGAGCACGAAAACAUCAUAAUCCGUCGAUUAUAUCUUCGAGCCGACACUUUUUGUUACAUCCUAUAUCUCCUACAAUUCCCAAUAGUUCCCAUUAAUAUGUACAUUUUACGACAGAAUAUUACACGACAUUCCAAGUUAGGCUAAGUUGGGAAUUGAGUAAAAAUAAUACAAAAAAAUUGCAGAAAACUCAAGGAGAAAAUCUCGAUGCAACACGAGUGGAGCAAAAGUUUUCAGGUGGAGUUGCAGCAGGAAAUGCAUCAGAAACCAAGUUCUACUGAAAUUGUCAGCUGA